UUUUUUUUUUUUUUUUUUUUAUAUAUUCUUGCAUAGUAACUUACUUGUACAUUACCACUUCUUUAUCCUCUCUCUCUCUCUCUCUAAUCAUUACUAUUCCAAUUUAACUUUAUAUACACAUUCACAUUGAGAUACUUUUCUUAUUACAAACGGAUUUAAGAUAAAGAAGAGAAAAGAAAAGAAAAGAAUGUACCAACCCGACGCAGAAGAAACUGGGUCGCUUUUUAUCUCAUUGGCAUGCAUUUCACUCAUGGCUAUGCUCUUCGGUCGUAAGACCGCAGGGACAAAACUGAGUACGAUCAACUAUGCGCGCGGUUUAGUCGUAGCCUUGUAUUUGAUCUCUUGGGCCUUUUCCGUAAUUGCCGCUUUAUUGAUCCAAACCAAUAAUUACAACCUGCUGUCAUGUCAACUGUCGAUCCUGUCCUGUAUUGCACUCUAUGCGCUUUCCAAGAUCGUCAUUUACUUGUUCCUGAUGGAGAAAGUGUAUGUCGUCACUGCCAUCGGCGUCACUCGAUCAAAUUUCUUCCUCUACAAAGUGAACUUGGUCUUGAUGACACCCUACGUCGGUGUCAUUUUCUGCAUGGUCUGGUUUCGAAAUGCGACCUUGGAAGAGGGAGGGCGUUGUUACAUUGGCUUGCGACGAGCGGGUGCACUGCCCCUGAUUUUGUACGACAUUGUGAUGUCGACCUGGUUGACGUAUUUGUUCCUAAGAGCGCUGAUGAGCUCAAGCUCGUUCUUGCAAGGACCUUCCAAGGGUAAACUUCGUAAUGUGGCUCGUCGAACCUUGAUAGGAUCAUUGAUUGCCUUAGCACUGAGUUCAGCCAAUAUCUUCACGUUGGUCUAUUAUGAUGGACGCGAACGUGGACUGAUCUGUUUAGCAUCCUGUACAGUCGAUGUCACUUUGAAUGCCAUCACAGUUCACUGGAUGACUAGUCGUGGAAAGGGAGGCCGCCCUGUCACCACGAAUAUGGAUCGAGGCACAACUGUUUUCAAUGACCGUCAGAAUAGAGGCUUUUUUGGAAGAUUUGGUGGGGGGAAAUCAGGCGACCGUCAUACACAGCAGUUUGGUAUGGGGUCUGAUAAGCAGGUUGCGGCUCUUGAUUCUCACAUCUCCAUCACUGUCGAAUCGUAUGUAGAAGAAUACCAUCAACUCCACUAUGGUGAUACCGACUCUCAACAUUUCCAUUAAACGGACAAAUUCUUUUUUUAUUUUAAUAUACAUAUAUAUACCUCCACUGUAAUUAAUCCAAGUAUUAUUAUAGUAAAACAAAAGUCGAAUGUACAAAAACUAGCUUACAGUAUUCAUAAAGAAAAAUAUUUUUUAUUU